CUGCAGAUAAUGGCAAAAUAACACCAGAAAAGUUGGAGGAAAAAUCAAUAAUUCACAAUUUUCGCCUUUUCCCGUGAGUUAGUGGUGAAAUUUCAAGUGAAAAUUUGCGCAUAGGCAAGUGCAAAGGGCAACGAGAUGGCGUUGAAAGUGCAAGUUGGGCAAAAGAUCAUGAACGAGGUGGUUCGCUACAAGGGUCCGGCCACGAAGAAGGCGCAGGCUGGCAAGGCACAGGCCGUGGAAUGGCGUGUGCUGGUGGUGGACAAGCUGGCCAUGAGGAUGGUGUCAGCCUGCACGAAGAUGCACGACCUCAGCGCUGAGGGCAUCACGCUCGUCGAGGACAUCCAUAAGAAGCGCGAGCCUCUGCCCACAAUGGAGGGUGUGUACUUGAUCACACCCUCUGAGGAGUCCGUGCGAGCGCUGAUGAGGGACUUCGAUCAUCCCAAUCGUCCCAUGUACAAAGCGGCUCAUGUCUACUUCACUGAAGUGUGUCCUGAGGAGCUCUUCAACGAUCUGUGCAAAUCGUGCGCCGCGCGCAAGAUCAAGACGCUCAAGGAGAUCAACAUUGCGUUCUUGCCAUAUGAGGGCCAAGUUUUCUCGCUGGACUCGCCGGACACUUUUCAGUGUCUGUAUUCGCCGAGCCUGGCCUCGGCUCGGGUGGCGCACAUGGAGAGGAUCGCUGAGCAAGUGGCAACUCUGUGCGCCACCCUGGGCGAGUAUCCGUUGGUGCGCUAUCGCUCCGACUGGGACAGGAAUGUGGAGCUGGCACAGCUGGUGCAGCAGAAGUUGGACGCGUACAAGGCGGACGAGCCAACGAUGGGCGAAGGCCCGGAAAAGUCACGCUCACAACUUGUCAUACUCGAUCGUGGCUUCGAUUGUGUCUCGCCGCUCUUGCACGAGCUCACGCUUCAGGCCAUGGCGUACGAUUUGCUUCCGAUUGUCAAUGAUGUUUACAAAUAUCAGCCGUCACCAAAUGCAAUGGACAAGGAGGUGCUGCUGGAUGAGAACGACGAGCUGUGGGUGGAGCUGAGGCAUCAGCAUAUCGCCGUGGUCAGCACGGCGGUCACGCAGAAUCUGAAGAAGUUCACCGAGUCGAAGCGCAUGAGUCAGAGUGACAAGCAGUCCAUGCGCGAUCUGUCGCAGAUGAUCAAGAAGAUGCCACAGUACCAGAAGGAGUUGUCCAAGUACUCCACUCAUCUCCAUCUCGCCGAGGACUGCAUGAAGUCCUACCAGGGCUUCGUGGACAAACUGUGCCGCGUGGAGCAGGACCUCGCCAUGGGCACAGACGCUGAGGGAGAGAAGAUCAAGGAUCACAUGCGGAACAUCGUGCCCGUUCUCCUCGACACUAGUGUCUCCAACUAUGACAAAGUGCGCAUCAUUGCACUGUAUGUGAUGGUGAAGAAUGGUAUUUCCGAGGAGAAUCUCUCAAAGCUCUUCACUCACGCACAAAUUGGACAGAAGGAGCAGGAGAUGGUGCGCAAUUUGAACUUCUUGGGUGUCAGUGUGAAUCCAGAUGGUAACCGCAAGAAGUACACAAUUCCGAGGAAGGAGAGAAUCACCGAGCACACUUAUCAGAUGUCCCGAUGGACACCGGUGGUGAAGGAUAUCAUGGAGGAUGCAAUUGAUGACAAGCUGGACGCUCGUCACUUUCCAUUCCUCGCCGGGCGCUCGCAGAGUGCCACUUAUCAUGCGCCCACGAGUGCUCGCUAUGGACAUUGGCACAAGGACAAGACUCAGGCGGCCGUGAAGAAUGUGCCGCGCGUGAUCAUCUUCAUUGUGGGUGGCGCCAGUUUCUCCGAGAUGCGCUGUGCGUAUGAGGUGACGGCCAACCAGAAGAAUUGGGAGGUGAUCAUUGGAUCGUCCCACAUCCUCACGCCGGAGAUCUUUCUCAGUGACUUGGGCUCGCUGUCCAAGGAGGACUAAGUCGUCAAUUAAUCCCUCUUCAUCCACGUUUUGCUCCUCUUCAAAGUAUUAUAUCUGUGUGUGAGUGUGUGUGUCCUUCUGUUAUUUCUGUUUCUCCAGGAUGCGCGCGCACGCGUUCGCUGAAAAUUGCAAGAAGCUCUUGAGUGAGUACCAGAAGCUUUCACAAUUUAAUAAUAUUUAAUCAAUGGAUUGAUGACAUCUCAACGGGUGAUUUUUCAGCUUUUUUUCGGGUAGUUUUGAAGUGAAUUCACACAGAUGCUUUACAAUAUAUUAAUCUAUAAAAAUGACAGUGAACUAAUUAUAGAAUUAGAAGCUGAAAAUCCCACCAGUAUUUUGGGAAUUUAUUGUUACUCACUGGAAAGUUUCACAUGAUUUUCUGCGUGUGUUUCUUUGUUGUAAAGUUGAUUAAAAAAAAUUUAUUCAAUCGAUAUUCUCAGUCAUUUACAUAAAAAAAAAGCAUUGCAGAGGCAAAGGGAGGAGGAAGUUUGAUGAUAAAAACAAAUCAUAUUAUACAAUUAAAUAAUGAAGCACCAUUUUUUUUGUCGAUGAUAAAGAAAAGGAAAAAGAAA